AACAUUUGCAAAUACAGACUCAUACAAAUAGAAUGAAUCUACAUUCGGGAAUUUUUAUGUUCAGCCAUAAAUUUACCGGUUUGUAUGGAAAACAUUUUCCACACCUGACACCGAUUCUGCUCGAGCGCAGCGUGAUCUGUGGCCUGUCUUCACACCUGUUGGCUCUGCUGUCUGACCUGCUGCACACUUUCCUCAUACCGCUUCUGUUCUAAUGCUUAUGGAUAAUUACAAGCAAAAGAGUGGAUCUCACCUUUAGCACUUAGAUUACAUGUAGGCUGGUGUACAAACACCUCCUCUACCCACAAACACAGGCCAUGAGUGAACGUUUAUACUAUUUACUGUACAAGACCCCAAUAUAAACCAAUCAGGGUAAACAUUAAUGAGUGGAAGAGAUGAUGGUAGAGGAACGAACCAACAUACAGGAUCCAGAACAUGGCCUGGAAGGGUUGUAACACGACCCAACACCACAAGCUGCCAUGGUCACCUGUGUAUUCAUUCAUUACUUCUGAGGAUUUGUCUAAGCCUUAACAUAAUGUCUGUUUGGUCCCUGAGAGGCACUGCAUCCUAACCCUAAUCUGCUUUAAUCAGAAACAGCACGGGAUCCUAACCCUAAUCUGCUUUAAUCAGAAACAGUACUGGAUCCUAACCCUAAUCUACUUCAAUCAGAAACAGCACAGGAUCCUAACCCUAAUCUGCUUUAAUCAGAAACAGUACUGGAUCCUAACCCUAAUCUACUUCAAUCAGAAACAGCACAGGAUCCUAACCCUAAUCUGCUUUAAUCAGAAACAGCACGGGAUCCUAACCCUAAUCUGCUUUAAUCAGAAACAGCACGGGAUCCUAACCCUAAUCUGUUUUAAUCAGAAACAGCACAGAGUCCUAACCCUAAUCUGCUAUAAACUGCUAUAAAUAAACAGCUCAUUCACUCACUUUAAGGGUCAAGGGUUUAAGUACACUCCUAUUUCUCCUACCCAUUCCUUUGGAGAACUGUAAUUGUGUUGCAUUUUGGUGAGAGUACUAAGCCACAAGGACCCAUUUACUUUAUCACGAUGAUGUGUGAAGUGAUGCCCACAAUCUCAGAGGAUGGGCGGGGUGGAGGCGUGUCUGGGGGCGGGGCGGGGGGUGUGGCUGAGGCAGGGGGCCUAGAGUGUGUCAUGGUCAGUAUGUUGGCAGAGAGAGAGAGACUCCUGGACAGCCUAAGGGAUACCCAGGACACACUGAGCACAGCCCAGCUCCGCCUCCGUGAUCUCAGCCAUGAGAAAGAGUCACUGCAGAGACAACUUUCCAUAGCCCUGCCUCAGGAGUUUGCUGUGUUAACUAAAGAACUGAACACAUGCCGUGAGCAGCUACUGGAAAGAGAGGAAGAGAUUGCUGAACUUAAAGCCGAAAGGAAUAACACACGCUUGCUGCUGGAACACCUGGAAUGUUUGGUAUCUCGGCAUGAGCGCUCUCUCAGGAUGACAGUGGUGAAGAGACAGGCGCAGACGCAGAGUGGCGUGUCCAGUGAGGUGGAGGUGCUCAAGGCUCUCAAAUCAUUGUUCGAGCACCACAAAGCCCUGGAUGAAAAGGUGAGGGAGAGGCUUCGUGUUGCCCUGGAACGAGUGGCAGUAUUAGAGGAACAGCUAGCAGCGUCUACUCAGGAGGUGAUAUCUGCCAAAGAACAAGGCAGUGGGGGGCAGAAAGGAUUGGACAGCGAGAAAGAGGAGGACAGGGAGAGAGAGAGACAGAGGGCAGAACUUGCUCAGCUGAAAGAAAGACUCGCCAUCAUGUGUCGCCAGGUUGGGGAGAUUGAGGAGCAGCUGGCAACUGCCAGGCGGGAAUUGAUCAAAUCAGAAGAAGCCAAUCAGAAACUCCAGAGGGAAGUAAAAGAGGCUCUCUGUCAGAAGGAGGAUAUGGAGGAGAGGAUUACUACUCUGGAGCGCAGGUACCUGAAUGCUCAGCGUGAAGCAACGUCUCUACACGACAUCAAAGAUAAACUGGAAAACGAGUUGGCAAGCAAGGAGUCUCUGUACAGACAGAGUGAAGAGAAGAACCGACAGAUACAGGAGCGUCUGGAGGAAGCCAAACAGAAGCUGCAACAGAGAGCAGAAACACUGCCUGAGAUCGAAGCACAGCUUGCGCAACGAGUGGCUGCACUCAAUAAGGCAGAGGAGCGUCAUGGGAACUUUGAGGAAAGACUUGGGCAGUUGGAGGCCCAGCUAGAGGAGAAGAACCAGGAACUGCAGAGGGCCAGACAGAGGGAGAAGAUGAAUGAUGAACAUAACAAGCGCCUCUCUGACACAGUUGACAGGCUGCUGUGUGAAUCUAACGAAAGACUGCAGCUCCACCUGAAGGAGAGAAUGUCUGCUCUAGAGGAAAAGAACGCUCUAUCUGAAGAAUUGGCCAACAUGAGGAAGAUCCAGGAUGAUCUUCUAACUAAUAAGGAUCAGUUGAUUGCCGAGCUGGAGAGAAUGCAAUUGGAGCUCGAUCAGCUAAAAGGCAGACCAGGCUCAUCCCAGUCCAGGCCAGGCAGUGCAUCCUCUUUGCCAUCCACUCUGUUCCGGCGUUCUUUGCAUGGCAGUGCAACUGAGCUCCCAUUCCUGCCAGCAGGGGGCUCCCUCCCCUCACGUAGAUCACAACGUGGGCGCAAGUAUGGGAGUUGGGAGGAAGGCUGCUCUGAUGAGGAAGAGGACCGAGCGGUGACAUUUGGCUCAGAACUCAUAUCUCCUGGUGGACAGACAGAUGUACAGACACUUGCCAUCAUGCUUCAGGAGCAGUUGGAGGCUAUCAAUAAGGAGAUCAAGUUGAUCCAGGAGGAAAGAGAGAGUGCUGACAUGAGGGCUGAGGAAAUUGAGAGUCGAGUGAACAGUGUCCUGCUGGAUGACACGAUGCUCCCUGCAUCAUCUCUGGGUGGAGGUGGAGGAGGGUCUGGGAGGGGGUUCAUCCCUCCGUCUCUCACGUCGUCCACACUGGCCUCACCUUCUCCCCCGAGCUCUGGUCACACAACACCCCGGCUCCCAGCGUCCUCUCCUGCUCGCGAGCCUGAUACACAGAAUGGUAAAGAGGAUGAGAAGGCACUGGACCUUCUAGACUCUGCAGCUCCAUCUGGCCCUCGAGCAUUGCGAUUGGACAGGAUGACUCACACUCAUCCAGGGGCGGGACUAGAUGACCCACGGGAUUUCCGGAGUCUCUCUGUGGACUCAGCAGUGAGCAGCAGUACGGACUCUCUGCAUAAGUCCAGCAAAAGGAAAAGUAUCAAAUCUUCAAUUGGCCGUCUGUUUGGGAAAAAAGAGAAGGGCAGGGUGGGAGGAGCUGGACGAGACUCCACCUCAAUGGGUGGAGCAGGGCGAGACUCCACCUCAUUAGCAUCAGUGCCAUCUGAUGACCUCCCAGCUGAUCCACUAAGUCUCAAACUGGGAACACUGGAGAAGGAGCGUCGCAGCAAGAAGAAACAUGACCUGCUCGAGGAAGCAUGUCGUCAGGGUCUCCCCUUUGCAUCUUGGGAUGGUCCCACAGUGGUUACAUGGUUGGAGCUAUGGGUUGGCAUGCCUGCAUGGUAUGUAGCAGCAUGUCGCACUAAUGUGAAGAGCGGGGCUGUGAUGGCUAACCUGUCAGACACUGAGAUCCAGAGAGAGAUUGGCAUCAGUAACCCCCUUCAUCGCCUUAAAUUACGGCUGGCCAUCCAGGAGAUGGUUUCUCUCACCAGUCCCUCAGCACCAGCCAGCACUGGCUCUUCAACCAGUAAUAUCUGGAUGACACAUGAAGAAAUGCAGUCUCUGGCCGCUGCAACCAAACCUGAGCAGAAAGAGAUCAGCUGGGAUCAGAUCCUAGCAUACGGGGACAUGAAUCAUGAGUGGCUAGGGAAUGAAUGGCUGCCAAGUCUUGGACUCCCCCAAUAUCGCAGUUACUUCAUGGAAUCACUGGUGGAUGCACGCAUGCUUGACCAUCUUACAAAGAAGGAGCUACGGGGACAACUUAAAAUGGUGGACAGCUUUCACAGGGUCAGUUUGCAUUAUGGCAUUAUGUGUCUGAAGCGUUUGAACUAUGACAGAAAAGAGUUGGAGAGACGAAGAGAGGAGAGUCAAAAUGAAAACCAAGACGUGAUGGUGUGGUCUAAUGAGAGGGUGAUGCUGUGGGUCCAGUCGAUCGGACUGAAGGAGUUUGCUGAUAAUCUCAGAGAGAGUGGAGUCCAUGGAGCUUUGCUGGCACUUGAUGACACUUUUGACUACACAGACUUAGCACUCUUAUUACAGGUCCCCAAUCAGAACACACAGGCACGACAACAGCUGGAGAAAGAGUUUAGCACUCUUAUCUCUAUGGCAACCGAGAGACGACUGGAUGAGGAGGCCAGUAAGACAUUUACUCGGUCUCCGUCAUGGAGGAGAAUGUUCCGGGAGGCAUCGGAUCCCUCAGAAACUCUACCUGCCAACAUCCGAGCAUCGGCGCUAGCCACGCCCCCGCUUACUCUCCGGAAAGUUCAAAGUGAAGUGAGCCCAACAUGCAGAGGACGAGGACUGGCGUCAGUGAGGACAUACUCCUGCUAAACUACACCACCCACAAUGCAUCUCCCUUUAAUACCUUAAAGAUGGGAGUAGAGAGUAUGAAGAUCAACGAACAAGCAAGAUUCUAGAGAAGAAAUUAAGUAAACUAUUUAACAACAAAAGAAGAAAAAAAGUAUGGUUAUCCUCUCAUUACUAUAUCUAAACCCUGAGCUAAGUCUCUUUUGAAGAUCUGCAAGGCACCUAAAUUUGUCCAAGUUUACAGUGGACAUGAGGCAGGCUGAUUCUGUCUUGGGACUCCAUAAACCAUAUAAAGUUGAUAGCAGUAAAUCUCACCUUUGCCUUGGACCUAAAUCUGUGGAAACUGAGCAUGAACAAAGUUAAGUUGUCUAGAGGCAUAAUGGAGGCAAUGCAUUUUGCUUUUAUAUUUUCAUUGUGUGUAAUUUACACUUUGGGAAAUUUCUGGAUAUUUCAUGCACAUCAAGAAACAGAAUGGCUUGGAUUGUGUACUUGCCACUCCUCAAAAUGGGCACUUCUUGCUAACCUAACUGAACCCUAACCUAACCCCUACCUUAGCCUUAACGUAAUCUUGGACCUAUUUCUAUAAAUCAGGGUUGCCCUGAGGCUAACCUACAGCCUGCACUGGGGAGCAGAUGAGCAGAACAGACUGAA